UCUCUCUCUCUCUCUCUCUCUCUAGAGAGAGAGUCCGAGGCCCACGAGAAUUCAUAUUCCAUUAGAAGACGUUACUUCAACACCAAUAAAUUCGGAGAAGAACAAACAUUUUCUCCUUUUUGUUCUGUUAUCUUAUAUUUCAUCAAUCAAUCAAUCAAUCUAACUGAGAAUCAAUUAGCUGUAGCACCACCAUCUUUCCAAUCCACACACUGCAACGUCCAUCGGAAUACCGACCGCCGCCGCACUGCAGCCUCUAUCAGGGUGUUAGCCGCCGCGACUUGUUCAAUCUUUGCUGUUUCCGAGUUUACAUGAAAGAACAGUCUCGGGCAUAGGUUUCUACCAUCACGAGAAAUAUCAGCAGCUUUGAGGUUAGGGCUUUUAGGGGAGAUGGCUGAUAGUAUGCGGAGAUUAUUGAUUGAGACCCUAAUGGAGCCCCUAAACAGGGGAGAGUCUCUUCUAGGGAGCAUAAAGAUUGCUGUUCUUCCAAUCGCCAAGGUUUUUGCCAUGUGCUUCCUGGGCUUUCUCAUGGCCUCCAAGUAUGUAAACAUUUUACCAGCUAAUGGGAGAAAGCUCUUAAAUGGGCUGGUCUUCUCACUUCUGCUCCCUUGUCUCAUUUUUGCUCAACUGGGUCAAGCCAUAACGUACGAGAAAAUGAUCGAAUGGUGGUUCAUUCCUGUCAAUGUUAUUCUAGCCACAAUAUCAGGCUCCAUUAUAGGCUUUGUCGUUGCAUCCAUCGUCCGUCCUCCUUAUCCAUACUUCAAGUUUACAAUUAUACACAUUGGAAUAGGGAAUAUCGGUAAUGUGCCACUUGUCCUGAUUGCGGCAUUGUGUCGAGAUAAUUCAAAUCCUUUUGGCAAUACAUGUUCUCAAGAUGGAACUGCCUACAUCUCAUUUGGCCAAUGGGCAAUUAAGCCCUGCUAUAGGAACUCAACAAUAUGUUCUUUUGCACAGGUCGGUGCAAUUGUUCUGUAUACCUAUGUUUUUCAAAUGCUUGCUCCCCCUCCUGGUGGAUCGUUCGAAGUCGAAGAUGGUAAUCUUCCUAUUAAGAAUCCUCUCGGAAAUAGCACUAAUGCCCUUGAUAGAGAUAGUUCUCCUGAGCAAACUCCACUUCUUGUGGUUGAGGAUGUACCUGCCCGUUCAAAUGCGUUGAAGAAAGACAGAGUCAAAUACUUUCUGAAGUAUAUUUAUGAGAAAUUGAAGCUGAAGCAAAUUAUUCAACCUCCAAUUAUUGCCUCUGUCCUUGCAAUAUUUAUAGGAUGCGUUCCUUUUCUAAGGAAAUUAAUCUUCACUUCGGAUUCCCCCCUCUAUUUUUUCACAGAUAGCUGCAUGAUUCUUGGUGAGGCCAUGAUUCCAUGCAUAUUGUUGGCUCUAGGAGGCAACCUCGUAGACGGGCCCGGCCCAGGUAGCGCAAAAAUCGGUGCACGGACAACUGCAGCAAUUGUAUUCGCGCGGCUCGUUUUAGUACCUCCAACAGGUCUAGGCAUUGUUACAUUGGCAGAUAAGCUCGGGUUCUUGCCUCCGGGUGAUAAGAUGUUCAGAUUUGUGCUUCUGCUUCAGCACACCAUGCCAACUUCCGUGCUUUCAGGUGCCGUUGCAAGUCUACGAGGAUGUGGGAAAGAGGCUGCAUCUGUGUUAUUCUGGGUUCAUAUUUUUGCUGUUUUCUCCAUGGCUGGGUGGAUCAUUCUUUACCUCAACAUACUGUUUUAGGAUUUGUGUACUUAGAGACUCCAAAAUACAAGAAGUCUGGUGUGCUUUUCCACUGUGAUUGGAGAACCUAAGCAAAGAUUAGUUGCUCCUUGCUGAUUCCUGUCUGGGUGCGCUUAUGUGAGGCUGUUUUGAGCCCGGGACCAUGAGCACACAUGUAUCAAUAAUAUGUAUUUGAGAAAAAGGAAAAGUAGAAACAAAUUAUUGUUUCAGUACACAUUUCCUUCUGUAUUGCCUAAUCAAGUUCUGAUUCGUCCAUUAGCUUUGUUGAUUAAUCUUCCACUAACCCAAUAAAUUAUUUGAUGUAAAAUCAAUAACACAGUGUAUGAGAAUUCAAC